AUGCUUCCUCCCAAUGAGAGUCUGACAUCCAGGACAAGUAAACUCAACGAUGCUCGAAAGUCCCUCCUGCAGGCUAUCCCGCAGCAGUAUUUCGAAAAGGACUUUGACGCUGUGCGUCACGAUCUGUGCGAGCUGGCGCAACUGGCAGACCAGGCCCAAAUGGAGGAGCUGGCUGAAGGGCGAAUAGCAGCACUUGAAGUGGUCAGCGAGCUGCUGAGUCAGCAUGUGCUGAAGAACUACGACAAAUUUGUGGCGGGCAUUGACGAAGUGGGCCUUGUGGAGAGGGACUUAGUCAGCGCUUAUGCCACGGCCAAGCAUGCGCGCGCAAACCUCAAGGCUUCCUCUGCAGAGAUCGCCACCAGCGUCCAGGUGACUCAGCAGAGUCGGCGCAAGCAGAAGCUGCUGGAUCUGCUGGAUCCCCUCCAGAAGCUGCAGCAGGCCAAGGACCUCCACAUCUCCCUCAAGGACGCGCUGCAGGAGGGCGACUACGCGCAUGCUUUCUGGCUGUGCGUGCAAUGUGGCUCCGCGAUGGCGUCACUGGGGACGCUGCGCUGCGCUUCGUCGCUGUCGGCCACGGUCGAUUCGCUGUACGAGGAAGCUGCCGAGCGGCUGGAGACGGCGCUGCAGGCAGCCGCCUCCGACUUCCAUCCCGACAUCUUCUGCAAGGCGCGCAGCCGGCAGAUGCCAGAUGCUUUUGAACCGAUAGAUUCAUUUUGA